UAAGAAUAUAUCCCAAAAAUAGGCUUACAACCUGAGGUUCGGGGCUUUGUUUUGUUAGAAGCCUCAAGAGGGAGAAUUUUUCUCGUGGCACAGACAAAGGUGCUUGUCCAUUCCUCAUUCUCUUCUUUUACGAGAAGAACAUAUUGUUUGCAAUCAGUUUCCAUCCCCAGAAAUUCAUCAAAAGCAAGCCUGUGUUCUGCAGAAGCGAAGGAAGGUGGCAGGGCAAAACCAUCUUUGCGGCAUUAACAAGCUCAAGGACCAGAUAGCUAGCUAGCUCUCGUCGAUCAAUUCUCUUGUGAGUAUCCUGAUUGAAGGAUUCAGAGAGAAACCCAUUUUGUACCUGGAGAAGACAGAAAAGAAAAGAGACUGGAAAGGAAGGGGGAAAUGUCACUUCAUCCCAUGAGAGCUCGCUCAGUGAGUGCUCAACCACCACCCUUAGCAGAGAAAAUAACAGAGGAUCCUGUAACAAGUAAAACAGCUCAAAGCACCGUUACCUGUGUCUACCAGACCAAUAUUGGAGGCUACUGGCGGAAUGUCACUGUCUUAUGGUGCAAGAACCUGAUGAAUCAUUCUCUAAGUCUCAUGGUCAACAGCCAUGAAGGUGAAUACUUGUACAAUUGCAAGAUUGAUGUCAAGCCUUGGCAUUUUUGGAGCAAGAGAGGUUACAAGUGCUUCGAGGUCGAAGGGAACCAAGUCGACGUUUAUUGGGAUCUUCGAGCAGCUAAAUUUGGUGGUAGUCCUGAGCCCUGUAGUGAUUACUAUGUGGCUCUGGUUUCAGAUGAAGAAGUGGUUCUGUUGUUGGGAGAUUUAAAGAAGAAAGCAUAUAAAAGAACAAAGGCAAGACCUGCUCUUGUUGAUGCAAUCCAGUAUUACAAGAAGGAGAAUGUUUUUGCCAAGAAAUCUUUCUCCACCAGAGCUAAGUUCGAUGAAAGGACGAAAGAGCACGACAUUGUUGUGGAGAGUUCAACAACUGGACCUAAAGACCCUGAGAUGUGGAUUAGCGUAGAUGGGAUUGUGGUGAUCCAUGUUAAGAAUCUGCAGUGGAAAUUCAGAGGAAACCAGACUAUGAUGGUGGGUAAGCAACCGGUUCAGGUGUUCUGGGAUGUGCAUGAUUGGCUAUUCAACAGCCCUGGCACAGGCCAUGGCUUGUUCAUAUUUAAACCAGGCGCACCUGAAGCAGAAAGUGACAAGGAGGGAAGCAGCCAAGGCGGAUUUGAAAGCGACACCAGCACUGGGAGCAGGUAUCACUCUAUUGGGAGCAAUUCAACAGCUCCAGAUUACUGCCUUUUCCUGUAUGCAUGGAAAAUCGAGUGAUAAGAAUACAUUUCGAGUAUCUAAAUGCUUGAGAUGGAAAGAAAUUAUGCAGGCAUUUUUCCUCGCUACCUUUCAUGACUGCAGGAUUGUCCAUCGUAUAUUGAAAUCACCUUGCAUUCUAUCUGGAAGAUAAAUGGGUCAGCAUGGCUGAUAACUCACUCAUGCCAAAACAGCCAAUCAGGCCCAACUGUUUUCAAGAGUUUGAUGAUGCAUAUUGCACACUGUUAUCAUCGUCAUCAUUUCGAGCCUUAUCCCAAAAUGUUUGGGAUUGGCUAUGUAAAUAUGUUUCUUCUUCGUAAACAAAAAAAAGAUCUGCUUCUUUAUAUUGUAAACUGAUAUUUUGCUAAAUAGAAAUAUAAUGUGCUUUAUCUAGCUAUCAUGAUGUUAAGCAUCUCAAACAAUGUUCAAUGCAUCACUACCUCGCUUCAGCUCAUACAAUAUAAAGAAAAAUAUAUACUACUAAUUUAAAAACUUGUUAACUUCAGCGCUAGAGAAACGCAGAUCACUCUGGGUAUCCAUACUUCCAAUAGCCAUGUCUACCUGAUACCAUGGAUAAAAUUUGUUCAUAUCUAAUAUCUUUAGCGACAGGAUUUAGAAUUUAAUGUUCAAAGUACUGCACGACAUGAAGAUGCGGAGGAACAAGGAGCAAUGCACAA